AUGUGGAUGAAUGUGCUUCAGAUUCUCACCAGUGUAACCCCACCCAGAUCUGCAUAAAUACUGAGGGGGGCUAUACCUGUUCCUGCACUGAAGGCUACUGGCUGUUAGAAGGCCAGUGUUUAGAUAUAGAUGAAUGUCGCUACGGCUACUGCCAGCAGCUGUGUGCCAAUGUGCCCGGUUCCUACUCCUGUACGUGCAACCCAGGCUUUACCCUUAAUGAUGAUGGAAGAUCAUGCCAAGAUGUGAACGAAUGUACAACUGAAAACCCUUGCACUCAGACCUGCGUCAAUACCUACGGCUCUUUUCUCUGCCGCUGUGAACCUGGCUAUGAACUGGAAGCUGAUGGAGUUAACUGCAGUGACAUGGAUGAAUGCAGCUUCUCAGAGUUCCUCUGCCAGCAUGAAUGUGUGAACGCGCCUGGUUCUUACUACUGUAUCUGUCCUUCGGGCUAUAACUUGCUUGACGAUAGCAGAAGCUGCCAAGAUAUCAAUGAAUGUGAAACCAGAAACUUCACCUGCACUCUGCAGCAAACAUGUUUUAAUAUUCCAGGAGAAUAUAAAUGUUUAGACCCAGUAAGAUGCGAGGAACCUUAUAUCCAGAUUAAUGAGAACCGCUGCAUGUGUCCAGCUGAAAAUACCGGUUGCAGAGAUCAGCCAUUUACCAUCUUGUACAGAGUGAUGGAUAUGGUGUCCGGGCGGUCUGUACCUUCUGACAUCUUUCAGAUGCAAGCAACAACUCGCUACCCUGGAGCCUAUUACAUCUUCCAAAUCAAAUCAGGGAAUGAGGGCAGGGAAUUCUACAUGCGGCAAACAGGACCAAUCAGUGCUACUCUGGUGUUGACCCGGCCCGUGAAGGGGCCCCGUACUAUUCAGUUGGACUUGGAAAUGAUCACUGUUAACACUGUCAUCAACUUCAGAGGAAGCUCUGUCAUCCGGCUGAGGAUAUACGUAUCACAGUAUUCCUUCUAAACCUCGAGUUUGUGCCCUGGAAACAUUAAAACAAGAGACAGUUCCUCCCCUGCAGAACUCUCUCCUCAGAAGCCAGUACGUAUAGCAGCUCUAAACCAAACCAGUAUUUCCACAGGCCUGGUGACCUAAGCCUGCCUAAGGAGGGUGGCCUCUUCAUGCACAUUCCCUACCAGGAUGCAGAUAUCUGAAGAUGUGUCCUCAACAGAUCCCAUGUGAUUCUCUAUGUGGUAUACUUUAGGGACUCUUCUUUCCAUUGUAAACAACUUCUAGAGUAUGAGUCUAUGUUUGAAAGACUGUGAACCUUUGUAGCUCCAAAGCUGCUUAGCAAAAAAGCACCAAAGAAACUGAGGAAAAAGCUGGCUUUUGCAAUCUUGCUUUUUUUUUUUUCAUUAUAAAUGGAAAGCAGACAAACAAGCAGAAACAGAAACAAAAAGCCACCUAUUGAAACAAGGGAUCUCAGAAAUGCUAACUUACAUUCCCAAUUAUCUCUGGAAUUAUCAGUCAGGCACUUUGUCUCAAUUCACCCUGCAUUUGUCUUAGUUUCACCUGUUUUUUCUUUGAUUCUAUUUUAUAGUUAAAAUUCAUUGUAAAUUCAUUCCAAAAUACAUGUUGUACUAUGUAAUCUACUUUCUAACAGUGUCACAUGUUUGGGUUCCUUCCUGUAUUAAAUCUUUCUGUAUAACAGAGUUCAUAGAAAUCC